AGGAGGAAGGGAGCCUCAAAGGCCAAGGCCAGGCAGGACACCCCCUGGGAUCACACUGAGCUCGCCACAUCCCCAAAGCAGCUGAACCCUCUGCACCAACCAGCCCAGGUGGAACCUCAGAAGCCCCAUGGAGUUCCCUGGCUUGGGGGCCCUGGGGACCUCUGAGCCCCUGCCCCAGUUUGUGGACCCUGCCCUGGUGUCCUCACUACCAGAGUCAGGGGUCUUCUUCCCCUCGGGUCCUGAGGGUUUGGAUGCAGCAGCCUCCUCCACUGGCCCGAGCACCACCUCGGCUGCAGCUGCUGCACUGGCCUACUACAGGGAUGCUGAGGCUUACAGACACUCCCCAGUCUUUCAGGUGUACCCAUUGCUCAACUGUAUGGAAGGGAUCCCAGGGGGCUCACCAUACACCAGCUGGGCCUAUGGCAAGACUGGGCUCUACCCUCCCUCAACUGUGUGCCCCACCCGCGAGGACUCCCCUCCCCAGGCCUCAGAAGAUCCGGAUGGGAAAGGCAGCAGCAGUUUCCUGGAGACCUUAAAGACAGAGCGACUGAGUCCAGACCUCUUGACCCUGGGGCCUGCACUGCCUUCAUCAAUUCCUGUCCCCAGCAGUGCCUAUGGGGGCGCUGACUUUCCCAGUAACUUCUUUUCUCCCACCGGAAGCCCCCUCAAUCCAGCGGCCUAUUCCUCCCCCAAGCUUCGUGGAACUCUGCCCCUGGCCACCUGUGAGGCCAGGGAGUGUGUGAACUGCGGAGCAACAGCCACUCCGCUGUGGCGGCGGGACAGGACAGGCCACUACCUGUGCAACGCCUGUGGCCUUUAUCACAAGAUGAAUGGGCAAAACAGGCCCCUCAUCCGGCCCAAGAAGCGCCUGAUUGUCAGCAAACGGGCAGGUACCCAGUGUACCAACUGCCAGACAACCACCACGACACUGUGGCGGAGAAAUGCCAGUGGGGACCCUGUGUGCAAUGCCUGUGGCCUCUACUACAAGCUACACCAGGUGAACCGACCACUGACCAUGCGGAAGGAUGGUAUUCAGACUAGAAACCGCAAGGCAUCUGGAAAAGGGAAAAAGAAACGAGGGUCGAGUCUGGGAGGUACAGGAACAGCUGAAGGACCAGCUGGUGGCUUCAUGGUGGUGGCUGGGGGCAGUGGUAGUGGGAAUUGUGGGGAAGUCGCCUCAGGCUUGACAUUAGGCCCACCUGGUACUGCCCAUCUCUACCAAGGCCUGGGCCCUGUGGUGCUAUCAGGGCCUGUCAGCCACCUCAUGCCUUUCCCAGGGCCCCUGUUGGGUUCACCCACAGGCUCCUUCCCCACAGGCCCCAUGCCUCCCACCACCACCACCACGGUGGUGGCACCACUCAGCUCAUGAGGACACAGAGCAUGGCCUCAGAGCAGGGGUAGGGUCCCUCUCCUCUUGUAGCCAGCAGUCUGUACAACCCAGCCCUCUGGGCCCCAGACACCCCUUGGUCUGAACCUUCAAAGCUUUUGUAAAAUAAAACCACCAAAGUCCUGAAAUUGGAGGUAUGAAUCUGUGUGGGACUGAAUAAAGAGUCAUCGUAGGUGGGGUGUGGAACGGUGUCUGUGAUUCUUUGAUGAUGAUGUGAGGCUGUGUGACCCUUCAUGAUAGUGGAUUUUGAUGUGCAGUUAUAACAGCGUAUAUGAGACCGCGUGUGACAGCAUCCAGGUUGUAUGAUAUGGCAUGUGGACAUGUGGAUCCAUACAUCAUGGGGGGAGACAGGCUGAUUGCUCUGUGAGGUGGUAACCACGGGGGUGAGGUUGGGAGAGAUGGUGUGUGUGACACCAGGUAACUGUGAGAAACAGGGCACGGGCAACUGUGUGAGAGAAUGUGGAAGUAAGUGUGUAACAGGGUGUGCUGAGGAAAUGUGUGAGGUUGUGCUUGUGUGGUUGUGCAUCACACAGGGUGGUUUUGAGAUGGUAUGACAGCAUGUGUACUGAGUACAGCAUUUGAUCAAUAAACAUUUUUGGAAUGUUGAA